GAUGAAGGAAAAGGUUUGGCGAAGUCAUUGACACUUUUUAAUGGCGUAUCCAUAAUUGUUGGUUGUAUCAUUGGUUCAGGGAUAUUUGUGAGCCCCACUGGUGUGCAGGAAAAAGCGGGUUCAGUAGGUCUUUCGCUGGUUGUCUGGGUCGUAUCUGGGAUAUUUGCUGCCAUUGGUGCUUACUGCUAUGCAGAACUGGGAACAUUGAUCCGUAAAUCCGGUGGUGAUUAUGCUUAUAUCAUGGAGGCAUUUGGAUCUUUCUUGGCAUUCGUGCGAUUGUGGAUAGAGAGCAUUGUUGUGAGACCAUGUACAGCGACGAUUGUUGCCCUCACAUUCGCGAUCUAUAUGCUUCGGCCAUUUUAUCCUGAUUGUGAUCCACCAUCUGGCAGUACCCAGCUACUGGCAGCCGCACUUGUAAUUUUACUGACUGCGAUUAAUUCAAUUUCUGUACAUCUGGCAACAUUUGUGCAAGAUUUUUUCACAGUUGCCAAAGUGUUUGCUCUCAUAAUGAUUAUCACCACAGGAGUGAUCCUGCUAUGCACAGGUAAAGCACGAUAUUACGAGUCGUUCGAAAAUCUUUUCGAGAACACCGCACAUGAUUUCGAAACUGCCUCGAUUGCUUUUUACUCUGGCUUAUUCGCGUACCAGGGGUGGAACUAUCUCAACUUCAUCGUCGAGGAGUUGCAGAAUCCAAAACGAGAUCUCCCUCUUUCCAUCGCCAUUUCGUGUACCGCUGUCACUGUAAUUUACACUUUGACGAACAUUGCUCUUUAUACUGUCAUAUCUCCUGAUGAAAUGCUUGCUAGUCCCGCUGUUGCUGUGUUAUUUGCCGAGAAAAUGUACGGUAGCUUUGCUUUCAUUAUGCCAGUUUUUGUUGCUUGUUCUACGAUAGGUUCUGCAAAUGGUGUAAUAUUCACGAGUUCUCGGCUUUUUUUCGUUGGUGCAAGGGAAGGACACAUGCCACAACUUUUGACGAUGAUCAACAAAAAUACUAGAACUCCGAUUCCUGCAGUCUUUUUUACUGGUUUUCUGUCACUCUCGUACUUGUUUCUUUCUGAUGAUGUAUUUUCACUAAUAAACUACAUCCAAAUUAGCUACUGGCUUGCUAUUGGGGCUGCAGUUGCUGCUUUACUCUGGCUCAGAAGAACUAUGCCCUAUGCACCAAGACCCAUCAAGGUCAACCUGAUUUUUCCUUUGACAUUUUUUGUAGGAUGCUGUGCACUUGUCAUAGUUCCGAUAAUUGGUGCUCCAAAAGAUAGUGCGAUUGGAUUGCUAAUCAUGUUCACCGGAGUGCCAGUUUAUUUCAUUUUUGUUGCAUGGAAAAACAAGCCAUAUUACGUCAGCAUUGCUAUCAAGUAUGCCACUGUCUUCUGUCAAAAGAUGUUUAUGGUCGUGGACGACAAUAAGAAGAAGUGA